AUGACGCUCUUCGGCAGCGGGGACACGGGCUGGAGAUACUUGGACAUGGCCCGGGAACCCAAGCCCAGCCGGGCCAGGCUGGGUCAGAAGCGGCAGCACGGCACCAGCCUGUACCACAGUACCUGUGAGCUGGAUUACGAUCUCUACAGGGAUGACUUCCCAUACCGGGUCUGUGAGUACCAGAAGAUCCCCCCCCUCAUUAACCGCAUCCCCGUUAAGACCAGACGAACUCACGGGGGAGGAGAAGGAGGCAAAACCAGCCCAAGCCCCCAGCCCGGGGCGAGGAGCAGCACCAGCACCACGGUGGGACGGACGAAGUUGAGGGCCGAGGAGCUGCACUCCAUCAAGGGGGAGCUGAGCCAGAUCAAGGCCCAGGUGGACAGUCUGCUGGAGAGCCUGGACCGCAUGGACCAGCGGAGAGAGCGGCUCACAGGGUCCAAGGAGAGUGAGAAGAAGAGGGCAGAGUCGGGGCGAGAGUCGCCGUCCCCAGAGGGCGAGGAGUCACGGAAGGGCCGGAGGAAGGAGGGGGCGGGCGCUGCUGGGCACAGCGAUCUCCGCACCAUCGACAGCGCCGAGGAGAGCACAGACACGGAGGAGAUGGUGAAAAACCACAUGUCAGACCCCGAGGGGAGCCAGUAG